AAGCUCAAAGACCAGGACUAAGGCCUCCAAGGGUUCUCACUUUGGUGAUGGUGGUGUGGAAGAAACAGGAACAACCUAGGGGCUUUACUGUAAUUUCGUUGCUGAUCCUCUCAUUGAUGCGCUUCUCUGCCUUGGGUAGAAGCAGCAUCAACGUUGGUGGCGCUGGGAAAUGGAUCGUGUUUGCCGAAGCUAGCACUGGAAUCGGUGGGAGAGGGAGGGGUGCUUCGUUCGUCGGAAGUGGAGCCGGCGGCGGGUUCCGGGGUGUUGCGGCGACUUCUUCUAAUGUUGGUAUAGCUAUCGCCGUGACGGUCAUGGCCGGUCUCGCCUUGGCUGCCAGUGUCGUCUAUUCUCAUAGGUAAAGCAGCAAAAAACUUCAAGAGAAAAGAAAAUUCUACUUCAAAUCCUAGCCAAAAUUUCAAAUCAAAGGCUCCAGUCAAAGUUGUUCCCUUCUUCAUUUUUAUCACCAAAGAAUUUAGACGCUAGGUAGGGAGAUGUUAUCGGAACGGAAACCAUUAAUGAGAGCCCUAAGGCGAAGCCACACUUCAGCUUCGUCGACGUUAAAUUCUUCGUCACCGUCGUCGUCUUCUUCGUGGAUUCAUCUGCGAUCAGUCUUUUUAGUUGUUGCUUUCUCAUCGUCGUCGUCUGCAUCAUCAUCUUCCUCACCUCUUUCCACUGACCGGGGUGGUCAUAAAUCACCUUGGUCAUUUAGAAGAAGAAAACACGCACUUCUUCCAAAACAAUGGAAGGGCUUUUUUACAUCUGAUGGAAGACUCUAUGAUGGUGGUAUUAAGUUCUUAAAGAAAGCCCGCAGCGGAGGUGUUGAUCCAAGCAUUAGAGCAGAGGUUUGGCCGUUUCUUCUUGGAGUCUAUGAUGUGAAUAGUUCUAAGGAAGAAAGAGAUCAUACUCGAGCCCAGAAGAGGAAAGAAUAUGAGAAUCUUCGGAAACAGUGCCAGCGAAAUAUCAAACGUAGAGAAAAGGGCUUGAAGUUGAAGGAAACUGCUCUAAUCAGCAGCAAUGAGGAGAGCGGAGAGUUUAAUCAAGUUAUGGAUACUCCUGAAUUUGAAGAUGAUGUUAGUGCUACAAGGUCAUCCUUCACCGAGGGAUGCAGCUUAGCUGCUGAGGGUUUGGAUAACUGUGAUAAAAUUUUGCAGAAGUCUGACUCAAUUUUGGAAGAAGACUGUGACAGGAGCAUGCUUACAUGUGAAGAUGGCUUGGCUGGCAACACUGAUUCUACUGUCUCAGACUCCUCUGAAGAAUCUGAAAACAUGGAACUUUUCUUUUUAACUGAAGUUAUUGAGGAAAAUGAUCUUAGCAUGCCUGCACUGGAUAGUUCCCCAUCUGAUGCAGAAAGUGGAUUCAAAAAGGAGGAAACUUUUGCCACAUGGCAGAGAAUCAUCCGUGUUGAUGCUGUGCGGGCAAAUGGUGAAUGGAUCAUGUAUUCCCCAACUCAGGCUGCAAUACCUGCGCUGAAGGCAAGGCAGUUGGCUGAGAGUGUUGGUUUGAAGGAUUAUGAUCAUUUGGAGCCUUGCAGGAUAUUUCAUGCCACUCGCCUUGUGUCUAUCCUCGAGGCCUAUGCACUAUAUGAUCCUGAGAUUGGCUACUGUCAGGGAAUGAGUGAUUUACUCUCUCCAAUUAUUGCAGUGAUAGAGGAGGAUUAUGAAGCCUUUUGGUGCUUUGUGGGCUUCAUGAAGAAGGCCAGGCAUAAUUUCCGGCUUGAUGAAGUGGGAAUCCGGAGGCAACUGGGUAUUAUUGCAAAGAUAAUUAAGUGCAAGGAUAUCCAUCUCUACAAGCACCUAGAGAAUCUCCAAGCAGCGGACUGUUUUUUCGUGUACAGAAUGGUGGUGGUGCUUUUCAGGCGAGAGUUAAACCUUGAGCAGACACUGUGCCUGUGGGAGGUGAUGUGGGCUGACCAAGCAGCAAUAUGUGCAGGGAUUGCCAAGUCUGCUUGGGGGAGGAUAAGGUUGAGAGCCCCUCCUACCGAUGAUCUGCUCCUUUAUGCAAUAGCAGCCUGUGUAUUGCAGAGGAGGAAACUUAUCAUCGAGAAGUAUAGCAGUGUUGAUGAUAUCAUGAGAGAUUGCAACAACAUGGCUGGGCAAUUGGAUGUAUGGAAGCUUCUUGACGAUGCACAUGACUUGAUUGUCACACUGCAUGACAAGAUAUAGGAAAACUUCCCUUUGUUUGGCCAUUGUUUCCAAUCUUCUUACUAAUUUGCCAUUUCCCAUUUUCUUAUCAUCUGUUAUGAACUACACCACUUGGAUGUUCCUUCUAAAAUAUGGUCUCUGGGAUCAGCUUUGAAGAGCUGCAUGAGACGAGCGUCUGAUAGGCAAUUUGUUUUUAGGGUAAAUUAUGCAGUAAUGAAUGCUUUGCCCGCACCCAACCCUCCUUGGAGUGAUAGUGGCAUCUCUGCGAAAUUAGCAUCUUAA